AUGCCACCUUUACCGCAUCAAUUAGGUGAAAUAGAAGGUUCAAAACAACAUUUUUCUAAUAAAACAGACAGAAUAAUUUCACAUUUCAAAAAAUAUACAAAUUUUGUUGCGGAAUCAACAGCCGAAGAAAGAGAAGAAAUCUUUAAACUAGUUGAUGUUCCAAAAAAG